GCGCCGCACCGCCGCAGUCGGUAGAUCGUCAGUUGGUAGCAGGAUGGCGUUCGUUUGGGAUCGGUGUUCUUUUUGUUGUUGAGGGAAACCGGCCCAUCAGCCCCCGCUCGGCAACUCUCUGGACUGUUCUCCCUCCACAACAAAAUAGCAACAAGAUAGUUUGCAGCGCCAGAGUGGGACAAGAAGUGGAAGGAAGAAAAGGAUACCACCGCUAGUGUAGUGACAGUGAGUGAAGUGUAGUGAGUGAAAUCAUGGAAGUGGAACAGCUCGGUUCGGCGCUUCUUCAGAGGAUCAAGGAGGACGAUCCCCUACAGGACCUCCAGGUUGAGGAACCUCCUCUGAAGAAGUUGUGUGCGGGACUUGUUCAGACGACCCACCCCACCCCGGCACCCCUAGGCCCCCCUGGCGACUAUCAACAAACGAGGAGCCCCCUUGCUGCAUCUCUAGUCGCUGAUAAGUACCUGAUAAUGGACCAGAUUGAAGGGAGCUCGUUAUAUUCCUGUGUUAAUGUCCAUACUCAAGAGGAUCUAGUCUGUAAGGUUGUCGGCAGGGAAGCGAACUCUCUGCUGACGGCGCACUAUCGUCUCGACUGUCAUCCCCACGUCAACUCCCUCCACGAAGUCCUCCUGGGGGACAAACUCAUGUACCUGGUCUUCCCUCCGUCCCACGGCGAUCUCCACUCCCACGUCAGACACCGGAAGAGGUUACGGGAGCCGGAAGCGAGGCGGCUCUUCAGACAAAUGGCGGAGACCGUGAGGGCGUGUCACGAGCAGGGUAUCGUGCUCAGGGAUCUCAAGUUGAGGAAAUUCGUCUUCGCUGAUCCUCAUAGGAGUGAGCUGAAGUUAGAGACACUAGAGGAUGCUGUGCUCCUGAAGGAUCCAGAAGAUGACAUUCUGCAGGAUAAGCGUGGUUGUCCUGCCUAUGUCAGUCCCGAGAUCCUCAGGAGCCAUGCUCGCUAUUCUGGUCGUGCUGCUGAUAUGUGGAGCCUUGGUGUCAUCCUCUAUACCAUGCUUGUUGGAAGGUACCCCUUUAACGACAGUGAACAUGCCAGUUUAUUUGCGAAGAUCAGCCGAGGGCACUUCGUGGUGCCAGAAUGCCUGUCGUCGCGCGCCAAGUGUCUGAUCCGCAGUCUGCUGAGGCGAGACCCCUGCGAGCGGCUCACUGCGGAUGAUGUGUUGCUACACCCAUGGUUGACAAGAGAGGAGCGAUAUUCACCGCCUGCCCACCAUCAGGACCAACUCGUCCCGGACUGUGUUCCUCUUUAAGCUAACUCCACCUUAAAACUGUUUCAAUUAAGUAGGACAUUUAAAUAAUUGUUCCUUUAACCUGAGUAUUUUGUUUAAUUCGUGAGCGUUUCUAAAUUGUAUCGGACCCGAGCACAAUAUAUUAUUGUGCUCUGAAUAUUCGAGAUCUCAGGAAGUCGAAAUGGCUGCUCAACUUCGAAGUCGGCAUCCGUGGCAUUUAGAUGUAAAUUAAGUUAUUGAGUUUUCAGGGUACUGGCUAGCAAGUGUGUUCGGAGAAUCCAGUGGGUUAGAUCUUCAGCGUAAUCUAUAGUUUUUAUGUACAAACUAAUACAUCAUUGUGAUAAUAAUAUCUGUUUUUGCAAUGCAAAUGGACUUUUAUGAUAAUCUUUGCUUUAGUUUUAUUUUAACUUUCCUCCUUUUCUUGACCAAUACAUUUCUUCCACUCUCAUAUAAGCUCAAUUUUUUCCUUUACCAAACUCCAUUAGAGUGAUCUGUUUGUUUUUUCUUCAAAUUUAUUAAGAACUGUAAUUUUGUUACAGGGUGUAGUUUAUAUAAUGUGAUAUCAAGUGUUGAAAUGGGCACCAAUAAUUAUAUUAUUAAAUUUACUGUACUAGUAAUUAAUUAUCUUAAGUAGCAAAAUAAUCUGGAUUAUAUGCAGUUAUUGCUCUUUCAUGUACAAAUUCAUAGGCCAUUUUCAGUCCUUAACUGCAGUGUUAACUUUUUCAUAACAACUCUGGACUUCACUUUGUAUUUGGUAAAUUGAUUUAAUUUUAUUUACUAAGUUAAAAAUUAAAAUAUACUGUAUAUUUAAAACAACUGCCAACAAAAACUCUUACGUUACUUACAAAUGUUUUAUUUUGUACAAUUCAAAAAUUCCCUAAAUGAUUUGCAUGGAUAAAGUAUACCAAUUGAUUAAAAAUUGAGUUAUAUAUUUAUUUUACUAUUAAUUGAAAGAGCAGUAAUCAAUAUUUUGUAAAAAAUAUCAAAAAUAUUCAAGUAAAUCAGUAACUUUUGUUUACUGGAUUAUUUCAGUAUUUUUGUCAGCCAGUAGUAUAAAUUUGUCUCAUUGUGUUCAUGUUGUUUAAAAAAAUGUUUCAUUGAAGUGAUUUUUGAAACAGAAAAUUGUGUUUUUCUGCAAGGUUGUGCCAUUUAUGAUGGGGCUAAAAAUUUUAAUAAAAAAUUAAUACUAGAUAAUUUAUUAUAUGUUAGUAUGGUGUUUAUAUUUUUAAAAGAUUUAACAAAGAACAUAAAAUUUAAUUUUUAAUUGUUAUACUCCAAGUAAAAACAGGAUUAUAAUUUACCCAAACACAACAGAAAGACACAAUCAUGUUAACAUUAAAUAUUUGGUUUACUUAUAAAUAAGUAAUUAUUAUUUUAAGUUUGUUAUGGUUUUGUUGCACCAUUCUAGAUUUUUAUUUCACAAAGUCUACUGUGUGUUUUCAAGAUAUUUAUUUAUUAGUAGCUUAGACAGUAAUAACAUGAAGUUGAAGUAUGAAUUUUAGUUUAUUAAAUCAAAAUGAUUAUUGUAUCGUAAUGCAAGAAACCGUGAAAUUAAAUAUUGCCUAUCACUAGUACUUCCAUGAGUGUUUACAUUAACCUGUCACAUAUCAAGUUGAAAAUAAAUUAAUCAUGUACCGUACUUUAGUCCUAACAUAAGCUUGUAGACGUCUAUUGAAAUGAUUGUGAUUCCAUAACUAUCAUAAGGUGAUAACAUAAAUGAGGUCAGUAAUUGUGAACAAGGUCCGAGGUCUUAGCUGGCUACUUUCUUCAGAUCAUUAACAUUAACAAAUCAUAAAUUGUUUUUACUUUUUUUGUGGGGACUAUCCAACAUACAAAAAAUAAAUAUAAUGAACAGUUGUUUCAGUAUAUUACUUGACUCAAAAACAAGUGAUACGCUAAAUUUUGUGAACCUUCUUUUACUCUCCUAACAUUUCAAUUGCCAUAUUGGACAACUGGAGUCUCUUACAUUAGCCUAAUAACUGAUCAUUUAAGUAAAAUGUUGUCUGAUGAUUGGAUAUGGGCAUUUUUUGAAAUCAAAAGCAAAAUUAAAAAUUUUCUUUGAUUGCCAAUAAAUUAUUUCAUAAUAAAUUUUACCUACUCAGCAAUAUCUUCUGGCAGUAUUGUAAGCAUUAAGUUUGAGAUUUUGCCUGUAAUAUCAAAAAUAACGACUUCAAGCAAAGGUACCUCAGCUGUUUUACUGAAAAGUUAUUUAUUACUGAAAGGUAAUAAUUAUUACUAUUACUAAAAGGUAGAUUUUACCUGUACCUGUAAAAUCUUCAAACUGCGACCGUUCUAAAAUGUUUAGAAUACUCUCAAAAAAGAUCCAACAGAAAUUCUUGUGGGGUCAGGUAGAAAUUUUUAUGGCAAAGUGUUUAUGAGAGAGAUUUAAUGAAAUAAUAAAACUUCAAUAGCAUUAUAAGUAAAAUCACUAAAGUAUAUUUGUUUGAAGUCAUUAUUAAUAAUUUACAAGAACGUAUGAAAUUUUCAACUUACUGCUCUGACAGAAGGAACUGUCUGAAUGUGUGUAAAUUUUACAGAUGUUAUACCCCAAGGGGGCAGAUCUUGCCUAGCUAAGACUAUGACUGGCCUGAGAUAGCUAUAAGACUGAGCUGAAGUGUCAAAGGUAGCCUACUGGUUGGAAAGUUACGGAAUGCUAUCGCUUCAGCACCUGACUGAUUUGUAUAUAGUUUGCCUGUAUCUAUCGUAUACUUGUAAAUAUUUCUUGUGUAUAUUCUGUUGCCUAGAUAAUACUUAGAACAAAUAUAAAAGAAAUGGUACUUAUAAA